UUUUUUUCUUUUCUCUCUCUCUCUUGAUAGCUUUUCGUCAAGUCUACAUAGUAUAGUAUGGUUGAAACGGAAACCCCAACUGUCAACAUUGACGUGACUAAGUUGACACCUUUGUCACCUGAAGUUAUUUCUAAACAAGCUACCAUCAAUAUCGGUACGAUCGGUCAUGUAGCUCACGGUAAAUCAACUGUUGUCAAAGCUAUCUCUGGUGUGCAGACUGUGCGAUUCAAAAACGAAAUGGAACGAAACAUUACCAUCAAGUUAGGUUAUGCAAAUGCCAAGAUUUACAAAUGUAGUAAUGAAGAAUGUCCUCGUCCUGGUUGUUAUCGUUCUUACGGUUCUGCGAAGGAAGACAACCCACCUUGUGAACGACCUGGCUGCGGUGGAAAAUACGAAUUGGUGCGUCAUGUCUCAUUUGUCGAUUGUCCCGGGCACGAUAUUCUUAUGACAACUAUGUUGUCAGGUGCUGCAGUGAUGGAUGCUGCUCUUUUACUUAUUGCUGGUAACGAAUCUUGUCCUCAACCUCAAACUUCUGAACAUUUGGCUGCUAUUGAAAUCAUGAAACUCAAGCAUGUUAUCAUUCUUCAAAACAAGGUGGAUUUGGUCAAGGAUAAGGCUGCUCAAGAACAACAUGAAGAUAUUCUUGCCUUUGUGAAGGGUACUGUGGCUGAUGGUGCACCAGUCAUUCCUAUCUCUGCUCAAUUGAAAUACAACAUUGACGCCAUUAACGAAUACAUUACUAAAAAGAUUCCCGUUCCUGUACGUGACUUCACCGCCGAUCCUCGCUUGAUUGUGAUCCGUUCAUUCGAUAUUAACAAACCCGGUGCUGACGUUAAGCAAUUACAAGGUGGUGUUGCUGGUGGAUCUAUUUUGAAGGGUGUAUUGAAGAUUGGUGAUGAAAUCGAAGUACGUCCUGGUGUGAUUAUCAAGGAUCAAGAAGGAAAGAUUCGUGCUCGUCCUAUUCUAUCCAAGAUUUUGACAUUGGCUGCUGAAACAAAUAAACUACAAUUUGCUGUUCCUGGUGGUCUGAUUGGUGUUGGUACACAAAUGGAUCCUACUCUUUGUCGUGGUGAUCGUUUGGUCGGUCAAGUGCUUGGUUACCCUGGAACUCUUCCCUCUAUUUACACUGAAUUGGAAAUUUCCUACUUUUUGUUACGUCGGUUGUUAGGUGUCAAGACAGAUGAUAAAAAGCAAGCCAAGGUAUCCAAACUUACUAAGAAUGAAUUGCUUUUGGUCAAUAUUGGUUCAGUGUCUACGGGUGGUCGUGUCGUUGGUGUCAAGGCGGAUUUAGCCAAGAUUGUGUUGACUGGCCCUACUUGUACUGAAGUUGGUGAUAAGGUUGCUUUGUCUAGAAAGAUUGAACGACAUUGGCGUCUUAUCGGUUGGGGCAAGAUCAAGCGUGGUACUGUUUUGGAAGCUGAAGCAAAUUAG